AUGUACCGCGCCCGACAGAACAUUACCGUGGGCAUCAGCGCCAGGGCUCGGCCGCCGCCGCCGCCCUCUGAUGCCGCCGCGCAGAUGCGCGCCCUCAAUUGUCGAAUAUCAUCGAAAGUCUUUGGUGGUGAUGCUGAUGAUGAGGAGGAGUAUGAGGAUGGCAAUGGUGGUGUUGGUGAUGAGGAGGAUGAGGGUGGUGUUGUAGAUGAGGGUGGUGAUGGUUAUGUUGAUGAGGGGAGUGAGGUUGGUGAUAGUGACGGUGAUGAGUGGGAUGAGGAUGGUGAUGAGGAGGAUGAGGCUGGUGAUAGUUACACUGAUGAGGAGCAAGAGGAUGGUGAUGGUGACUGUGAUGAGGGUGGUGAUGGUUAUGUUGAUGAGGGGAGUGAGGUUGGUGAUAGUGACGGUGAUGAGUGGGAUGAGGAUGGUGAUGAGGAGGAUGAGGCUGGUGAUAGUUACACUGAUGAGGAGCAAGAGGAUGGUGAUGGUGACUGUGAUGAGGGUGGUGAUGGUUAUGUUGAUGAGGAGAGUGAGGUUGGUGAUAGUGACGGUGAUGAGUGGGAUGAGGAUGGUGAUGAGGAGGAUGAGGCUGGUGAUAGUUACACUGAUGAGGAGCAUUAG